AUGCGGGUGUCAAUCUUCGAAGUAACUGUAAUGCAAAAACUCAGCUUGCUAGUAAUCAUUCUAUGCAUCUUGAUCUCUUUCCAGAACCAAAAUGCAGAUACCGAGAAAUACUUCAACUUAAUUACUUCUUCUUCUUCUUCUUCAACUUCUCCAUCUCCGGUUCUUUCAGCGUCUCGAGCCGCGUUCUUGUCCAUGGAGGACGAGAAUCUUGACCAGUCUUUUCGUGGCCUAGAAUACGAUUUCUAUCGAGAUUCGUGCCCUGAAGCCGAGGAGACUAUUCGAGCUGUAGUUCGGUAUCUCUACAAAGUCCGCUCUGAUGUCGCUCCCGCUUUGCUCCGCCUUGCCUUCCAUGAUUGUUUCAUUGAGGGAUGUGAUGCUUCAAUUUUAUUGGAUGCUGCUGAAGGAAUUGACUCAGAGAAAGAUUCUCCUCCGAAUGAGGAUCUAAAGGGUUUUGAUAUAAUUGACAUAAUCAAGGAAGAGCUUGAAGAAAUAUGCCCUGCUGUUGUUUCUUGUGCUGAUACACUUGUUUUGGCAGCAAGGGAAGGUGUUGUUCUGGCCGGUGGUCCAUUCUAUCCACUGUAUACUGGUAGGAGAGACAGUUUGAUUGCUUUCUCAGAUGUUGCAACAUUUGAGCUUCCUUCACCCCACGGAGAUCUGUCAGAAACCCUUGCGUCUUUCGGCUCAAGGGGCUUUGAUUUAAGAGAGACUGUUAGUCUCUUGGGUUCUCACAGCAUUGGAGAAAUCCACUGCAAAUUCUUCCAAAACCGUCUCUACAACUUUGGCAGGACUAACAAGCCUGAUCCAUCUGUAGAUCCUGAUUUCCUCAACCUAUUGAGAUCACGGUGCAGGAACACUUCAUCGGCUUCAUCAGCACCCUCACCUUCCUUUGUGGGCUCACCAUCAACAUCAGCAGCACCAUCACCUCACCUUGAUGGCUCACCAUCAUCAGUGCAAGCACAAUCACCUCACUUGGAUGGUCCACCAUCUUCACAGCAAGCACAACCACCUGUUUUGGGUGGCUCACCGUUAUCAUCAGCAGCACCAUCAACUCACCUUGAUGGCUCACCACCAUCAUCAAUGCAAACACAAGCACCUCACUUGGAUGGUCCACCAUCUUCACAGCAAGCACAACCACCUGUUUUCGGUGGCUCACCGUUAUCAUCAGCAGCACCAUCACCUCACCUUGAUGGCUCACCAUCAUCAAUGCAAACACAAUCACCUCACUUGGAUGGUUCACCAUCUUUACAGCAAGCACAACCACCUGUUUUCGGUAGCUCACCGUUAUCAUCAGCAUCACAAUCACCUGAAUUGGAUGGCUCACCUCUACCACCAGCAGCGUCAUCAUCUCACAUGGAUGACACGCCAGUACCAUCCGUAGUGCCAUCAUCUCACCUUGAUAGCUCACCAUUAUGGUCAGCAGUAUCAUCGCCUCACCUUGAUGGUUCACCAUUAUCAUCAGCAGCAUCAUUUUUUUCCUUAAGAGAAUCAUCUUCUUCCUCACGUGAGGGUCCUGGAAUAGAUAUGGCUCAGGAUGGAACUACAGCAGGUUUUGGCACAGCUUACUAUCGAAAUCUUUUGCAAGGUAAAGGAAUCCUUUAUUCUGAUCAGCAGCUAAUGGCUGGUGAAGAAACUAGGAUUUGGGUGACAGCGUAUGCUUCAGAUGUCUCUUUGUUUCGAAAAAACUUUGCCUUGGCAAUGAUGAAGCUCUCAAACCUCCGAGUCUUGACAGUACCAAUGGGGCAGAUCCGUCUCAGUUGUUCAAAAGUGGCAUGAAUAGACAGAGAUGGAUAAGGAAUUUCGGCCUGCAUCUUACCUGUUACAUUUGCAAUCUGUGCAGUAGUUUGAUAUGUUUACAACUUGAGUAGUUUUCUGUUGUUACCUUCUAGACAUGACGUCCAGAAUACCGAAAACUAGUUGUUUAAUCUGCUUCAUACUAAUGCUAUAAGUGGUAGUGAAUUUUCUGACAAAAUGGUAAGAGUAA